UUAUUCUUUUCUAGGAACAUGGGUGACUUUCGGAGGUCAAAUUUCAGAUGAGGUUGCUGAGCGGCUGAUGACAAUCGCCUAUGAAAGUGGCGUUAAUCUCUUUGAUACUGCUGAGGUCUAUGCUGCUGGAAAGGCUGAAGUGAUUCUGGGGAGCAUCAUCAAGAAGAAAGGCUGGAGGAGGUCCAGCCUGGUCAUAACAACCAAACUCUACUGGGGAGGAAAAGCUGAAACAGAAAGAGGGUUGUCAAGAAAGCAUAUUAUUGAAGGAUUGAAGGGCUCCCUCCAGAGGCUGCAGCUGGAGUAUGUGGAUGUGGUCUUUGCAAAUCGACCAGACAGUAACACCCCCAUGGAAGAAAUUGUUCGAGCCAUGACACAUGUGAUAAACCAAGGCAUGGCUAUGUACUGGGGCACCUCGCGGUGGAGUGCUAUGGAGAUCAUGGAAGCCUAUUCUGUAGCGAGACAAUUCAAUAUGAUCCCGCCAGUCUGUGAACAAGCCGAGUACCACCUUUUCCAGAGAGAGAAGGUGGAGGUCCAGCUGCCGGAGCUCUACCAUAAAAUAGGGGUUGGCGCAAUGACAUGGUCUCCACUUGCCUGUGGAAUCAUCUCAGGAAAAUAUGGAAACGGGGUGCCUGAAAGUUCCAGGGCUUCGCUGAAGUGCUACCAGUGGUUGAAGGAAAGAAUCGUAAGUGAAGAAGGGAGAAAACAGCAAAACAAGCUAAAAGAUCUUUCCCCAAUUGCUGAGCGUCUGGGAUGCACACUACCUCAGCUAGCCGUUGCCUGGUGCCUGAGAAAUGAGGGUGUGAGUUCCGUGCUGCUAGGAUCAUCCACUCCUGAACAACUCAUUGAAAACCUCGGUGCCAUUCAGGUUCUCCCAAAGAUGACAUCACUUGUGGUAAAUGAGAUUGAUAACAUAUUGCGCAACAAGCCCUACAGCAAAAAGGACUACAGAUCAUAAGGCAAUGCAUGAGCCACAGAAGCUGCAUGGUUAACAUAGCGGUCUGUAUCCAGUACAGAACGGUGUUACUAGCCAGUCUUUUGAAAAGUCACUUCGCAGCCUGCCGCUCAACCUCUAGUGUCCCUGGAUUCCUUGAGGUGUCUGCUGUCGCUACCACUGUGCACCUGAAUUAUGAGCACAUCUGAAAACUCACAACCUAGAAUAGCCAUUCUAUUUUCUUAUCUUCGACUGGAGUCACCUAUUCUUGCAUUGCUCUGUACACCUCAUACUUAUGCAAUGGAAAGAAUAUGGGGGAAAAAGAUGAAUUACCUUCAGGCAUAUGGUAACUUAAAGAAGGCUGUACAGAUAUAUUUUUUCAAAAGAACAAAAUCCACAGAUGCAAUGUGAAUUGCAUAAGAAACAAAGUAAGAUAUCUUCACUCAGAAAUCUUGCUUGGGAGAAUAAGCAGAAGCAAUUUUACACUUUUUUCCCUAUUUUCACAUUCAUAUUAACAAGUUUCAUUUCACUUGUCAUUCAACAAAACUAAAAUUUCUAAGUAUUUGCUUUCAUUACCUUUAAAAUUUUUACUGUUGCUUGGUCCCAAAAAUGGCCCUGUACAAUUUAUCAAGGUGUUUAACAGGAUUCAGUUAUGUCCAUUUACAUGCAGAGACAGUAAAAGGAUGAACAUCCCAAUCUUUUGCUGGAGACAUUAUGGCUAAUUUAUGAAAGGGAGGGUUACACUGCUAUAAAAACAGCUUCGAAUAAAACGCAAUGUAUCUGCAAUUAAGUGUUCAUUUACUACAUUUUAUUAAAACCUGCUUUAUACUUUCAAUUGCUUGUGGGCACAACUUCUGCAAGUUUAAAUAUUUGAGCUUUAAAAAUAAAUACACACAUGUUCAGUUUUGUAACUAAACCUGUAAAAUACCCAUAAAGGCAGACAUUCACUGUUUAAUUACAAUAUAAUGCUUGGCACUUUUGGGGAUUUUACAAUAUAAUGCUUGGCAUUUUUGAGGAGUUAUUAACAUGAAAGUUAAUCGCAGGCUUUGUGAAAAAUGCUAUGUCACUAUUCAGAAUAUGCUGGAUGAAUUAACUUGCCCGGUGAAAAGCAAAAUGUUAAAGAACUUCCUGACUCUAUAAUCACAUUAUAUGCACUAACCUAUAUGCAUGAAAGUUCUUUGCAUGGAAUGAAGGGGCUUGGCCUUGUUGCACUCAGAAUCUGAAGUACACCUAGCCCUGCCACUAUUGGCUACUUACCCUCAUUAAUACCCUACUUGAGAAAAAUUGUGAGAAUAAACUGUGUGUGUUGAUAUCUGUAAAAAGGGAGAAAACAUGUUUUUCUUUCUUUUUUGGAGGGGUCGGGGCAGGGUUGGUCCUUUAACUCUAUUUGUACAUCUGAGGAUGUACAAAAUUCUAAUUUAAUUUUCUGGUCAGCAGGUUCCCUCUAGAAAUAAUUUUGAGGUUUACAGAAGAAAUACAUCAUCUUAAAAUGCUAUUUUCUGUCCUCAUUUCCAGAUAUGUAUUUCAUGGUUAAGUUCUAAAUCUUAAAAUGUUAGUGGGAGACACCAACAAAUUUUCUUUUUAAUUACUACUACCUGUAUUCUAAUAGGGAGUUUGAAUUUUUGCACUAGAGUAUCAGAUUAAUGAUGGAAACAGAUCACUUUUUUCAGUUGUUCACUGUGUAUGCAAUCCAGUGAACUACUGUAUGUAUAAAUGAGCUGAGGUGCUGGCUAAUGGGAAAUGCAAUUGAACUUAUUUAUUUGCUUAGAAUAAUAAAAGCAUUUUGUGCAUUCAAUCUCAA